AUGAGGGAACUUGGAAGACUAGGUCAUUUACUAAGAUUGACAGGUGUGACUUUCAGCUUCCUCUUCGUCGGCGUGUUCUUCCUGGGCAGCCGGCCCGACAACUACUGGUGCCGCGGGCCGAGCGCCGCCGCGCUGGCCGAGCGCUGCGGCUGGAGCCCCGAGGAGGAGUGGAACCGCACGGCGCCCCCCCACCUCGGCCCCGCGCCCUCCGAGCGCCGCGGCGACGGCCGCUGCCAGCGCUACCUCCUGGAGGCGGCCAACGCCAGCGCCGCCGCCCCGGGCGCACUCAGCUGCGCCGACCCGCUCGCCGCCUUUCCCAACCGCUCGGCGCCGCUCGUGCCGUGCCGGGGGGGCUGGCGGUACGCCCAGGCCCACUCGACCAUCGUCAGCGAGUUUGACCUCGUGUGUGUCAAUGCUUGGAUGCUGGACCUCACACAAGCCAUCCUAAACCUGGGCUUCCUGGCCGGGGCAUUCACCUUGGGCUAUGCAGCGGACAGGUACGGCCGAAUAGUCAUUUACUUAAUAUCCUGUUUCGGUGUUGGCAUUGCUGGUGUUGUGGUGGCAUUUGCACCCAAUUUCCCUGUGUUUGUGGUCUUCCGCUUCCUACAAGGCGUGUUUGGAAAGGGAACGUGGAUGACUUGCUACGUGAUUGUGACAGAAAUAGUAGGUUCAAAACAAAGGAGGAUUGUGGGAAUAGUGAUUCAAAUGUUCUUCACCCUUGGAAUCAUAAUUCUCCCUGGAAUUGCCUACUUUAUCCCCAAUUGGCAAGGGAUCCAGCUAGCCAUCACGCUGCCCAACUUUCUCUUCCUCCUUUAUUACUGGGUGGUUCCAGAAUCUCCCCGCUGGCUGAUUACUCGGAAGAAAGGAGAUAAAGCAUUAAAAAUUCUGAGGAGCAUUGCGAAAUGCAAUGGGAAAUAUCUCUCGCCAAAUUACUCGGAGAUCACUGUUACAGAUGAGGAAGUUAGUAAUCCAUCCUUUUUAGAUCUGGUGAGGACUCCCCAAAUGAGGAAGUGCACACUUAUACUUAUGUUUGCUUGGUUCACAAGUGCUGUGGUUUAUCAAGGACUUGUCAUGCGCCUGGGAAUUACAGGAGGCAACCUCUAUAUCGACUUUUUCAUCUCGGGAGUUGUGGAACUGCCAGGAGCCCUCUUGAUCUUACUAACCAUUGAGCGUUUUGGUCGGCGCCUACCCUUUGCGGCAAGCAAUAUAGUGGCAGGAGUGGCCUGUCUUGUCACUGCAUUCUUACCAGAAGCCGGAAUACCCUGGUUGAGGACCAUUGUUGCUACCCUGGGAAGAUUAGGCAUAACCAUGGCCUUUGAAAUUGUUUAUUUGGUAAAUUCAGAAUUGUACCCAACAACAUUACGGAACUUUGGAGUUUCACUGUGUUCAGGUUUAUGUGAUUUUGGGGGGAUCAUAGCCCCGUUUCUCCUCUUCCGCUUAGCGGCCGUUUGGCUAGAGCUACCUCUUAUCAUCUUUGGUAUCCUGGCAUCUGUCUGUGGUGCUCUUGUGAUGCUUUUGCCUGAAACCAAGGGCAUUGCCUUGCCAGAAACAGUGGAUGAUGUAGAAAAACUUGGCAGUCCACAUUCCUAUAAAUGUGGCAGAAAAAAGAAAACUCAAGUUUCGAGCUCUCACCUUUGA